GGUCAGCCCAUUGAUAUUCUGGUUUAUGUGAGCUCAUUUAUUCUUCAAGUUUGAAUCUUUACGUUCUUUUGAUUCAUUAUUUUUGAAGUUCAAAUUCGAGAAUAAAAAUCUGAACUUGAAGUUGAAAAUUCAAGCUUGAAUCUUCAAUUGAGGGAGUGGCAUUUUGGGUGUGGUAGGAUUUGAGGAUAUUGUUGAAUUCUGGUGGUUUACUUAGAGUUGCAGGGAGGUAUUUUAAUUUGAUUUUGAGAUAUAGGUCAAUAAAGGGUUUUCUUUGUAUCAUAGUAUAGAAUUUGGGUCCAAGCUGAAGAAUUCGAAGUAUCUGAAAUCUGGGUUUUUUGGAGGGAGGGUCGGUUUUAAUUGAAAAUUGAGAUCUCAUGGUAUGAAUUCACUCACCCUCCCAUUGUCCUUGUUCGAGAUGGGUUUGAUUUAACAUUUUUUGGGGUUACUAGAAAGGUACAUGUUUAUAAACUGGGUAUUGGGAGAUGGAGUAUAAUGGCCCUAAUUUACUCCACUGUUCUGUAUCGCUGUGGUAGCUUGUAUUUUUGGUUUUAUGGAUUUUUAGUGUGGUGAAAGAGGAGAAAGAGAGAUGCAACCGCCUCAUCAGCAUUCGCGGAUCAAUCUCAUUGAGUUGAAAACUCAGAUAGUAAAGAAACUUGGGCCUGAAGGAUCCAAUCAGUACUUUUAUUACUUACAGAAAUUCUUGAAUUUGAAACUGAGUAAGGUUGAGUUCGAAAAACUAUGUCUGAGAGUUCUUGGACGGGAGAACAUGUCACUCCACAAUCAGCUUAUUCAUUCAAUACUUAGAAAUGCCAGUUGUGCAAAGUCUCUGCCUCCGGCGUGUCAUAAGAAUGAUGCUUCAAAACAUGGUAUGCAUGUCGGUAUUCAGGAGUUCCGUUCUGAUGGUUACCAGCAAAAUGGGUCCCACAUUGUCAUGGCUCAUGCCUCUGGUUCACCAGGUUUGUCAAAUGGAGGUGACAUACUCCCUGUUUCACCGAAGAAAACUAGAUCUGGUUUCCGUGAUAGGAGAGGUGGGGACCGCCGAAGCGCUCUUGGACCAAAUGGAAAGACUAGUUUUCCUCCUCUGGUGGCUGCUACCACUCAGCCUAUAUUGGAGAAUGGGGAUCUGAAACUACCUGGUAGUGAGAUAUCGGUGCAAGAAGCAGAGGAUGAAAGAGAGAACAUGGCUUCCCACUCUGCUAAAAUGCCGGCUGUGAGGAAAUCACCAGACAGCCCGACAGGUGUACAUAGCAAGGAGCAGAUGGAAUUGGUAGGUAACCAUAGUAGGAAAGAGGCUUCUUCAAGGAGUGUACUUCAAGCACCCCUCGGUGUUCCUUUGUGUACAGCUAGCAUCGGUGGAGCUUGCAGAGCUCUACCUUCUGCAAGUAGCUGUAGAUCUAUUGGAACGUUUGAUGACAACACUUUGUUGGACAGUCAUGUAUUGAGUGACCGGGUGGAGAACAUUGCUUUAGCACAAGGUCUAAAAGGAGUGUCAGUGGACUGUGCCAACGUACUGAACCAUGGGUUAGAUUCCUAUAUCAAGGGAUUAAUUAGGUCUUGCAUUGAACUUGCCGGAGCUAGGUCGGGGCAUGAAUCGACAAUGAAUAGUUCCAACAAGAGCCCCACUCCAGUGAAGCUAGAUAACGGUGUCAAACCUGGUCAUCAGCAUCAAAUGCCAAAUGGCAGGACACAUCCGAAUCAGAUGCUGAAUAAUGGUGCAGAUAAGUAUCAGAUGCAAGAACAGAAAGUCCUCCACAAAAUUUCGUUGCAGGAAUUUAGAGUGGCUAUGGAGCUGAAUCCACGGCAACUUGGCGAGGACUGGCCAUUGUUACUAGAGAAAAUAUGUACCCAUGCAUUUGAAGAAUGACAUAGAGACAGAAUGUUCUUACUUCCCAGUUGAGUGAAGUGGUCCCUGCUGGAUCGGAAGGCAUGAUAUUUUCCACCUUCGUGUCCUUUAAUUUCUCCUGUUCAUGGCCUUUGGAACCAGCAUAGAUAUCUUAAAGUUCAAUUCCAAGAUAAUGGAGGACCAAACUACUCCAGGGCUUUCUUUAAUUGGGAGAGCCCAUCAUCGGCAACUAUCAGAUCAGGAGAAUGCCUUGAAUUAGGGUGCACUGUUGUAUAAUUAGCAUUAUCCCAACUUAUAUUUUUUUUUCCUUUAUCCUGUAAUUUACAGCCAAGUGAGAAAUUCUAGAACAGUUUUGCAGGAAUAAUUUGUUAGUUCUCGUCAACACAAAGGGUGAAUUCUGUGAUGAAAUAGACAAGUUCAUGUACCUUCACCACCAAUAUUGGUUGGAAUUUAUUAUAAACAACACGGUUAACCAAUUGCAAUUGCGUAA